ACGUAGACCGGCGAAUGCCAAGAGGUUUUAUUUAUUCUAGAAAAGACUAAGAACCGGGCAAUAAUGUUUGGUUUAAUUAUUUCAGGUAGACUGCCCCAAACAGAUUUUGUAGCGGUUGAUGAGAACAAGCUGCUGAUAAACGUGCCCGACAUCGAUGCCGUCAAUUAUGUUGUUAUUUUCUUAACUGGCAUCUCACCCCUGCCGCUGGGCACCGCAGCGGCAAUCUAUUUUAGUUGGCCAGAUGCAAAUGCAGCGCCCACCUGGCAAUAUCUGGGGCACAUCAAUAACAACAAACCAUCCGCGAUCUUUAAAAUAGCGCAACUAAAGAAAGGCCACGAGCUGGAGACACAUUCAAAUGGCAUGGUUUUUGGUGCCCAGGAAAUCUCGCACAUAGCACAAAUUGGCAUUUCAAUAGAGCCCGAAUUGACGGUGACUCAACAAACGCCAGCAGUUUCCAGCGCCAAUGAUAAUAAACAGUUUGGACAGCGCAUGUUAGAGAACUUUUUCAAUUAUGCGUCCAGUUUUUGUGUGGGCGUACCUGAGAUUCCACCUGCCACAAGUGAAACCUUCGUGCCUUUCUCCGUUGUACAGAAUUGGUAUACUAACUUUCAACGGCGCAUGGAACAAAAUCCGAAUUAUUGGAAACAAUGUUAAACAAAAAGGAUUAAUUGUCGCAAAGUUGAAAAUAUAUAUAUAUAUACGAACGUUG